GUUACAGUGUCUCUAAGCAUACAAUUUGCUUUCUUUUUUACACAGUUUUUCUUCAGAUCUUGUCUCUGUUUUUUGUCUGUCCAGGUGAGUUAUUUUGCAUCCUGUGCUUGUCUGAGUGACAGUGACAGAUUUCACUCUUUCCUGCGUACUGUUCCCAGUGAUGCCUUCCAGGCCAAGGCCAUAGCCCGUCUGCUGCGCCUGCUGGACUGGACCUGGGUGGGGGUGGUCGCAGGGGAUGAUGAAUAUGGUAAAAGUGGCGUGCAGCUGCUCUUGAAAGAAUUGGAACAUACAGGGAUCUGCAUAGACUACUUGGAAUUAAUUCCUAAAUCACACUCACAAAGCAGGAUCAAGCAAACUGUGGAGAGGAUCCAGGGUUCCACAGCUCGUGUGGUGGUGACAUUUGCCAUUGCCCCCGACAUAGAAAUCCUGUUCAAGGAAGUGGUGGUGCAGAAUGUGACCAACAGGCAGUGGAUAGCCACAGAGGCCUGGAGCACCUCCAUUCAGUUCUUCGACCAAGCAAGCAUUCCUUUUCUAGCUGGUACUCUCGGCUUUGCCCUGCGCCGAGCUGAUAUUCAGGGUCUUGGUGCUUAUCUUGCCCAGCUGAGCCCUGUGAAGCAGCCAAAUGAACCGUUCGUAAAAGAUGUAUGGGAAGAAAUAUUUGGUUGCUCACUGGCACAGGACUGGCAGCCUUCAUUUAAAAGGCCAAAGUGCACAGGCUCAGAGAAUGUAGAGAAACAUGGCCACAUCUACAUAGAUGUUUCACAGUUGAGAGUCACUUACAAUGUGUAUAAGGCUGUGUAUGCUAUUGCCAAUGCUAUUCACAACAUGAUGGCCUGUCAGCCUGGUAGAGGGCCGUUUGAAGAUGGAGAAUGUCCUGAUGUGACUCAAAUAAAGCCCAGAGAGGUAGAGACAGGAGUCUAAAAAAGUCAUUUUAAAUUCUUUUCCCUCACAUUUUUUUUUUUUUUUUUUUUUUGAUGUGACACUUUUUAAAUUAUUUACUGCAUAUGAUCAUCUGUGCUCCUUUUACUUUUACAGCUUCUGUACUACUUACAUGCAGUAAACUUCACAACACCAGUAGGUGAGCUGGUUUAUUUUGAAGAUAACGGAGAGCCAUCUGCCUCAUAUGACAUUAUGAACUGGCAUGUAGAUGAAAGCGGAGCAGUACAUUUUAUCCAGGUUGGACAGUUUGAUGCAGCCAAAGGACCAGGCCAGGAGCUGAACAUAAACCUUGAGAAAGUGGUUUGGGGUGGGGGCUGGGCUGACAAAGUAAGAGUCCAGUGACUUUCCUUUAUUAUAUAAUUUCAAAUAUUUUUGGUUUAAAUAUUUGACUUUAGAGAUGCAUAUACAAACAAACAUUAAGGGACUCAGUCUGAUUUGUCACAAUCAGGGGUUAUAAUAACGGUGACCGGGAGGGGACAUGUUCAGUUCACUUAGCUUUGUCGAGGCCACAACAUACUAACUCGUAGGAACGUCAUAUUCACUUGUUGGAAUGUGAUAAGUCAUGACCAUGACCAUAUAUAUAUAUAUAUAUAUUUCAUUUUAUUUAGGUUUAUUGAUAAUUUUAUUAUUUAGUGCUUUAUAGGCAACAUCGCACACAAUAGGCUAUAAUAUAUAAAUAUAAUCGUUUCUUAAUUCCGCCCUUAGUUUGUCAUUCUUAAUUAAAAAUAAAUAUUAUUAUAGGCCUAUACAUUUCUAAUAAUUCCAGGUUGCUAUGGUCGUGCAGGUUGUUUACACAUUUAACUUGUCGCCAUAAGAAAUAGAUGUCGUUCCUGCAACAUGAAGUCGUGGCCCUGAGAAAAUUGUUGUUCCCUCAACAUAUGAUCUCAAGGCGAUGACUUUACUUCACGUGGCCACGAUAUAGAUCAUACAAGGAUGUUGUUACCUCGACAAAAUGAUCUUGUGGCCACGACUUAUUAUCACGUUCCCACAAGUUAAUAUGUUGUGGCCAUGACAAAACUAAGUGAACUGAACAUGUCCCCUCCCAGGGACAUGGACUAGCAAGAUAUGACAUGACAUGCUCCCACAAGACACAUUUAUUUCAUCCUAUGUUGAAACUAAUUUCUAACCCUACAUACAUUUGUAAGAACAGAAAUGAAAUGCAUACUGUAUAUAUAUGGAUAAAUAUACAAAGUACUGUAUGUGUCAAUCAACGAUCAAGUGGUAUAAUUAUUGCUUUUGAUGUGAGAGUUCCUGGGUUUACAACCUGGAGGAAAAAAAAAAAAAACAUGGAAGUGGCAUUCUGUGCUUUCACUGAUGUCUGCUAUAUAUACUUACUCUGCUUAUAUUCUCUUAUUUUCUCUGUGGGGUCAGUAGGGCUCUUCUUUGGCAUGUAGAAAAAGAGGGAGAAACAAAUCAACUGGCAAAACACAAUAUCUUUCACUAAUGAAAACAGUCUAGCAUGAUGUUACUUGCUUUAGGUUUACUCUUGUAUUCUGUACUGAACAUGAAAAUGUAAAUGCAUGAGUUUGUGUGGUAAUGUUUUUCAAGUGCUUUCUGUAAAAAUGGUACGAGAAGUGUGCAGGUGAACGCGUCCAUUAUCAAACCUCUCAGUAUUGCUGCUGAGCGGGGAAAGACAUGUCUUGGGAAUGAUUAUAUGUUUGUGUGUGUGACAAGUGUACUUGUCUUUUAAAGAAAAAGAGGAAUGCAUUUGUAUGAGGAAUUUUUUCUUUCUUUCUGCUCUUCUUUAUGCGCUUGUACUGACAGAUAUUGUGUUGUUAGAAGGAUGAUGUGAAUCUAAUUGAGUUUCUUCCUGUAUCAUUAAGGUUCCUGUAUCCGUGUGCAGUGCGAGUUGUCUUCCAGGCACUAGAAAGUCUGUACAAAAAGGAAAACCUGUUUGCUGUUUCGACUGUCUUUCCUGUGCAGCAGGAGAAGUCAGUAACUUGACAGGUAUUACAUAUACAUAUAUUUAGUAAUUAAUAACAUUAUUAAA